ACCCUGGGCACCCUCCUGCACUUCCCAGGGCGCCUCAUGGACAUCUUGCGCUGCCGUGGCAAGAGGGGCUACGAGGCCUUCCUGGAAGCCCUGGAGUUCUACUACCCGGAGCACUUCACACUGCUCACCGGCCAGGAGCCCGCCCAGCGCUGCUCCAUGAUCCUGGAUGAGGAGGGCCCCGAGGGCCUGACCCAGUUCCUGAUGACCGAGGUGCGGCGGCUACGGGAGGCUCGAAAGAGCCAGCUGCAGCGGGAGCAGCAGCUGCAGGCUCGCGGCCGGCUGCUGGAGGAGGAGCGGGCAGGACUGGAGCAGCGGCUGCGGGAGCAGCAGCAGGCUCAGGAGCGCUGCCAGCGGCUGCGGGAGGACUGGGAGGUGGGCAGCCUGGAGCUGCUGCGGCUCAAGGAUGAAAACUACAUGAUCGCCAUGCGCCUGGCACAGCUCAGCGAGGAGAAGAACUCGGCCGUCCUGCGCAGCCGGGACCUGCAGCUGGCGGUGGAUCAGCUGAAGCUGAAGGUGAGCCGGCUGGAGGAAGAGUGUGCGCUGCUCCGCAGGACCAGGGGGCCACCCCCCGGGGCAGAGGAGAAGGAGAAGGAGAAGGAGAAGGAGCCGGACAGCGUGGACCUGGUCUCUGAGCUGCGUGCAGAGAAUCAGCGGCUGACAGCGUCCCUGCAGGAGCUGCAGGAGGGGCGGCAGCAGGAGGCAAGCCGGCCGGGGGCCCCAGGCUCAGAGCGCAUCCUCUUGGACAUCCUGGAGCAUGACUGGAGGGAGGCGCAGGACAGCAGACAGGAGCUGUGCCAGAAGCUGCACACUGUGCAGGGGGAGUUGCAGUGGGCCGAGGAGCUUCGGGACAAGUACCUGCAGGAGAUGGAGGACCUGCGGCUGAAGCACCGCACGCUGCAGAAGGACUGCGACCUGUACAAGCACCGCAUGGCCACCGUCCUGGCCCAGCUGGAGGAGAUUGAGAAGGAGCGGGACCAGGCCAUCCAGAGCCGCGACCACAUCCAGCUGCAGUACUCGCAGAGCCUCAUCGAGAAGGACCAGUACCGCAAGCAGGUGCGGAGCCUGGAGGCCGAGCGGGACGAGCUGCUGACCACGCUCACCAGCCUGGAGGGCACCAAGGCCCUGCUGGAGGCGCAGCUGCAGCGGGCCCAGGGCGGGCCCUGCCUCAAGGCCUGCACCUCCUCCCACUCCCUGUGCUCCAACCUCAGCAGUACCUGGAGCCUGAGCGAGUUCCCCUCCCCGCUUGGAGGCCCAGAUGCAGCCGGGGAGGCCACUGUCCUGGGGGGAUCCGAGCCCCACAUCUCGGAGGAGGCUACAGACAAUGAGAAAGAGAUCAACCGGCUAUCCAUCCUGCCCUUCCCUCCCAGCGCAGGCUCCAUCCUCCGCCGGCAGCGCGAGGAGGACCCUGCGCCUGCUAAGAGGUCCUUCAGCAGCAUGUCCGACAUCACAGGGAGUGUAACGCUUAAACCCUGGUCCCCCGGCCUCUCCUCAUCCUCAUCCUCCGACAGCGUGUGGCCGCUGGGAAAGCCGGACGGUCUCCUGGCCAGAGGCUGCGGCCUGGAUCUCCUGGGCAGGUCUCUGGCCAUACAAGUGUCUGGCCGGAGCCCCCCAGGGGGACCCGAACCCCAGGACAGAGGUCCAGAUGGCCUGCCUCUCCUUGGGGACAGCUGGUCCGAGACGGUGGUGCGGAGGGUGCUCUCUGGGCCUGGGUCUGCGUCUGCCAGGGUGGAACCAAGAGAGCCAAGGGCAGAGGCUGCUGGCCUGGAGCGGGCAGGCCUGGAGGGCGAGGCCCAGCGGAGGACCUUGACCUGGAACCAGGUGUCCACACUCCCCUUCCUGAUGGAUUCUAAGGCUUGCCAGUCCUUCCACGAGGCCCUAGAAGCCUGGGUGAAGGGGCUGGGCACUGAGCCCUUCUACAUUCGAGCCAACCUCACUCUGCCCGAGCGGGCAGACCCCCACGCCCUGUGUGUGAAAGCCCAGGAGAUCCUGCGGCUGGUGGACCCGGUGUACAAGCGGCGGCAGGAGUGGUUCUGUGCACGGGUCGACCCCCUCACGCUGCGGGACCUGGAUCGGGGCACAGUGCCCAAUUAUCAGAGAGCCCAGCAGCUCCUGGAAGCUCAGGAGAAAUGCCUUCCCUCCAGUCGACCCCGAGGGCCCCGCAGUAACGUAAGAGCUCUGGACCAGCUGCGGCUGGUGAAGCCCAAGCAUGCCGGGAGUCCUGCAGGGGACUCCCCGGAACAGCUGCUGCUGGAGCCCUGCUCAGAUCCGGAGUGGAGCCUCAAACCCUACAGCCUGGUGCGGCCGCUGCUGGUGCCCUCCCUGCGGCCCGUGGUGCUCUUGCCCGAGUGCCUGGCGCCUCGGCUCAUCCGCAACCUGCUAGACCUGCCCAACUCCCGGCUGGACUUCCAAGUGUGCCCAGCGGAAAGCCUGUCUGGGGAGGAACAGUGCGCACCCUCAGCUCCCGGAGCCCCCAAGGCCCGGCCUGCCACCCCUGGGCUGGGCAGCAGGAUUCGUGCCAUCCAGGAGUCUGUUGGGAAGAAGCACUGCCUGUUGGAGCUGGGCACGCGGGGCGUGCGGGAGCUGGUCCAGAAUGAGAUCUACCCCAUCGUCAUCCAUGUGGAGGUGACCGAGAAGAAUGUCCGGGAAGUCAGGGGGUCCCGCAUCCUGCAGGAGCAGGCCCGCCUCGUGUGGGUGGAGCGAGGCAGCAGCAGGGGCUGCAGCAGCAGCAGCAGUGAGGCCUGAGGACCCCUUCGGGGCGGCGACUUCCUCGGGCACUCACACGCCCCCAGGAGACCCUGGUGUCUGUGGGGAGCUGAGCCUGCGACAUCCUCCGUGUCCUGAGCCCUCCCAGGCCCUCGGGCUCCGCUCCGGGCUGUCACCGAGGGAUCCUGCCGGAGCCGGAGCCGGAGCCGGAGCGGGAGCCCUCCGACAGCUUCCACCCUCCGGCCCGUACCUGCCACUCAGGGCCUUCCUGUGAGCCCUCCGGUCUCCGCAUCCCCACUCGUGGGUCUGUGUCCCUCCGUCACUGCCCACCCGAGCGUCUGGGUUCUCACUACUGUGUACUGUUGGGUACACCCAAGUUCUCACGGGCAGGCUCUGGUCUCUGCCUGCCCCCGGGCACUCGAGGUCUCCCAGGCUCUCAGCCAGUUCUGCUCACAGGAGCCCCGAGCCCACCCUUUGUGACCCCGCCCCCUAUCAGUCACAUUUCUGUGUGUAGCUCCACACGUGGGCAUUGUAGCUGCCCCGGUCCACUGUCACCUGUGCCCGCGUCUCGUGUCUUCAGGUCACACAUGUGUCCGUGGUUCUCUCUCCUGUGUAAAUGUCAUGUCCCUCACCCUGUGACACUCGGGCACUUAACACGCGUGUGUUCCCGGUGAGCACACCCAGGACCGUGUUCUCACAGCACCUCCUCCCUGCCCUGCCGCCUCCCAGAGGGACAGGUGGGGAGGGUCCGGCUGCUCCGGCACCAGAAUGUACGGCUCGUUGGAAUGGGCCCUUUUCACUCAGAAGCUGCACGUUAUGGAACAUUAAACAGUUUGUCAUAGAA